AAGGAAGCUUGUAACAUGGCGGACACUGAGGAAGGCUUUGGGCUCCCGAGCACGCCGGCUGACUCGGAGGCCAAGGAGCUGCAGGCUGAGGCCAAGCAGGACCCCCAGCUGGGGACCACCAGCAAGGCCCCCACCUCUCCGCAGGCAGCCUUCACCCAGCAGGGCAUGGAGGGGAUCAAAGUGUUUUUGCACGAGCGGGAGCUGUGGCUGAAAUUUCACGAGGUGGGGACGGAGAUGAUCAUAACAAAGGCUGGAAGGCGUAUGUUUCCCAGUUACAAAGUGAAGGUCACUGGACUCAAUCCAAAAACGAAGUACAUACUGUUGAUGGAUAUUGUACCAGCGGAUGACCACAGAUACAAAUUUGCAGAUAAUAAAUGGUCCGUGACCGGGAAGGCAGAGCCGGCCAUGCCCGGCCGCCUCUACGUGCACCCCGACUCCCCCGCUACCGGAGCCCAUUGGAUGAGGCAGUUGGUUUCCUUCCAGAAGCUCAAGCUCACCAACAACCACCUGGACCCCUUCGGACAUAUCAUCCUGAACUCCAUGCACAAAUACCAGCCCCGGCUACACAUCGUGAAGGCAGAUGAGAACAAUGGCUUUGGCUCCAAGAACACAGCCUUCUGCACCCAUGUCUUCCCAGAGACUGCCUUCAUCGCUGUUACAUCCUACCAAAACCACAAGAUCACUCAGUUGAAGAUUGAGAACAACCCCUUUGCAAAAGGUUUCCGCGGCAGCGAUGACAUGGAGCUCCACAGGAUGUCCAGGAUGCAGAGUAAAGAGUACCCGGUUGUUCCCAGGAGCACAGUGAGACAGAAAGUGUCCUCCAAUCACAGCCCCUUCAGUGGUGAGACCAGGGUCCUUUCCACCUCCUCCAACCUGGGCUCCCAGUACCAGUGUGAGAACGGGGUGUCAAGCACCUCCCAGGACCUGCUGCCACCUGCCAACCCCUACCCAAUCUCCCAGGAGCACAGCCAGAUCUACCACUGCACCAAGAGAAAAGAUGAGGAAUGUUCCACCACCGAGCAUCCCUACAAGAAGCCCUACAUGGAAACUUCACCAGCGGAAGAGGAUCCUUUCUACAGAUCCAGUUACCCCCAGCAACAGGGACUGAACACUUCGUACAGGACUGAAUCAGCCCAACGCCAGGCAUGUAUGUACGCCAGCUCUGCUCCCCCCACGGACCCCGUGCCCAGCCUGGAAGACAUCAGCUGUAACACGUGGCCCAGCGUGCCAUCCUACAGCAGUUGCACAGUGUCUGCCAUGCAACCCAUGGACAGGUUACCCUACCAGCAUUUCUCUGCCCACUUCACCUCAGGGCCUCUGAUGCCCCGGCUCAGCAGUGUGGCCAACCACACGUCCCCCCAGAUAGGAGACACCCAUAGCAUGUUCCAGCACCAGACCUCGGUUUCUCACCAACCCAUUGUGCGGCAGUGCGGACCUCAGACCAGCAUCCAGUCCCCCCCCAGCAGCUUGCAGCCCGCAGAGUUCCUCUAUUCCCAUGGUGUGCCUCGAACCCUCUCGCCCCACCAGUACCACUCGGUGCACGGCGUGGGCAUGGUGCCAGAGUGGAGCGAGAACAGCUAA